AUGUUGAGACGAGACAGAAUCUGCUUCCCCAGAAAGGAAGUGUGUGAAGAGUCUUUGUUCUCUGGGAUUGAGAUGGUGAGUGUGGGAGUCAGCACAGAGCCCUGCCAUGCCAGGUGGGAGGUAGAGACAGAUGAAACUGUUCUACAGCGGCGGCAAAAACAGAUAGAUUAUGGCAAGUGCACACCUGGUUACCAGUGUUUCCUGCAGCAGGUCCCCAAGGCCAAGCGACAGCCAGGACUUCACCCUCAAACACCAAACAAGAAGAGGAGAUACAGCCGUCGCUCCUGGGAUGCCCAGAUCAGGCAGUGGAGAAGAGCCCUACAUUCCUGGGACCCCCCAAGCCAGCCUCUGCAGGGCAGGGUGCAGGGAAUGGAGGAACUCUUAGAGCCAAUGGGUUCCACCCCUUUGGAUGACCUCCUGAAUGACUGGUUCCAGGCCCUGGAACCCUCACCAAAUCCAGAUGGAGGCCAGAAGGGAGCCCAGUUUGCAGAUUCCGUGGCUCCUGCCUACUCCCUUCCCUGGCUCUGUGAGGAAGAAGCCCACCACUGGUUCUACUUUCUAGCUCAUCACAGUUAUAUAUCUGUCCCAGAUUUGAGUGGGACACAAAAUAUUUAG